AUGAAAUGGUGCUGGUUGAAUUUUUGUUACUGUAUCUUUUCUGUUUUGUUGUCAAGUAUUAGCUUGUCGUACGGAAGACACACAUCAAAUUGGGCUGUUCUUGUAGAUACUUCGCGGUUCUGGUUCAACUAUCGACAUAUAAGCAAUGUCCUUUCAAUUUAUCGAAGUAUCAAGCGCCUCGGAAUACCAGAUAGCCGUAUUAUUUUGAUGGUGGCUGAUGAUGCAAGUUGUAGCUCGAGAAAUCCGAGACCAGCAACAAUCUUCAACAAUCCUUACAGUCGGGUAAAUUUGUAUGGCGAAGAGAUAGAGAUUGAUUAUCGUGGUUACGAAGUUACUGUAGAAAACUUCAUUCGUAUAUUAACUGGGCGUUUACCUCCUUCGACACCUACUUCUAAGCGCCUCAAUACUGACGAGCACAGUAAUAUCCUAAUAUAUAUGACAGGCCAUGGUGGUGAUGGUUUCCUUAAGUUUCAAGAUGAUCAUGAGCUUUCUAACAGUGAACUGGCCGAUGCGAUUGAACAGAUGUGGCAAAAACGUAGGUAUCAUGAAUUACUAUUCAUUGUCGAUACAUGUCAAGCUGAAUCAAUGGGCAAGUUGUUUUAUUCGCCUAAUGUAGUAGCCAUCGGUAGCAGUGCUAUAGGAGAAGAAUCAUUAUCUCUCCAUUCGGAUCGCGAAAUUGGGACCUAUGUUUCUGAUCGAUAUUCUUACUAUGCGUUUCAGUUUUUGGAGUCUGUUACUCCUUCGAGCAAAAGAACAUUGUAUGAUUUUUCCCAGUUAUGCUCUUUCUCAUUAUGUCAAUCAACUGUUAUCACUCGAUCUGAUUUAUUUAGACGUGAUAUACGUCGCGUACUUGUUACAGACUUUUUUGGUAGCGUGCGUCAUAUAAUCCCUGGACCAGUUAUAGAAAUUAGCAAUUCCACUUUGUAUGAGAACAAUACAUUAAUUAAACACUGA